AUGAGUAAAGAUUCAAUUGAUAAUCAUAAUUCUGAUAAUGUUAAUAUUACACAGAAUGGAAUAUUUGAAGGACCAGAGAAAUUAUUAGAGCUGUGGUUUUAUCCUAUAUCUCCAAAUAUAGAGAAAAACCACAAUAAUGAAAACGGAACCAGUAAACUUGGUUUAAGAACUGUUCCUAAAGAAGUUUGGGAUGAGGUUUUGGAAAUUGUAAAAUGUCAUAUAAUUAGUGUUAUUGAAAAUGAAUAUAUCGAUGCUUACUUAUUAAGCGAAUCAUCAUUAUUCAUUUAUCCACAUAAAUUAAUCUUGAAAACGUGUGGCACAACAAUGUUGCUUUCAGCAUUACCAAAAUUAUUAGAAACAGCCUUAAAAUAUUGUAAUUUUCAUAAGGUUUGGAGGGUUUUUUAUUCAAGAAAAAGUUUUAUGUUUCCAGAAUUACAAUCACAUCCUCAUAACAGUUGGAAUGAUGAGGUGAAAUUCUUGGAUAAAUUCUUUGAUGAUGGAGCAGCCUAUACAGUUGGGAAAAUUAAUGGAGAUCAUUGUUCUUUACCGAAAGAAACAAAAGAUUCCAAGCCAAUGAUCGACAUAUCGGAUCAGACAAUUGAAAUUUUGAUGACAGAAUUAAACGAAGAAUCAAUGAAGAUUUUUCAUCGUUUAACAGGUGGAACUCGUAUAGACAAAAUGACAGGCUUGGAUAAUUUAUAUCCUUCAGCAAAACUAGAUUCUUAUUUAUUUGAACCUUGUGGAUAUUCAUCCAACGGUUUAUUAGAUGAUAGUUAUUUUAAUGUUCAUGUAACACCCGAACCAAUUUGUUCUUACGCUUCUUUUGAAACAAAUAUUCCUCUCACAAAUUCUUCAUUUGCUGUGGAAUUAAUUGAAAAUGUAAUUUCCAUUUUUAAGCCUCGCAAAUUUACAAUGACAAUUUUUGCAACUCAAGAUGACAAGAAUUUUGAUAAGGAUACUUUGAUUAAUACAACUAAUUCCAUUAAUGGUUAUAAUAGAGCUGAUAGAAUUUUAUAUGAGUUUGAUGGUUACAAUUUGGUUUUUGGGUUCGACAUUGUAAUACCUUUUCCUGCUCAAAGAUAUAACCUAUCGAUAAAACAACCAUCACCUUUAUCGUCAUCGUCAUCGUCAGUAACAUCUGAACAGCAACGUCAAUUAGAACCUUUGCCAACAUUUGGACGUUCCGCUAAUGACGAUUCUACAUUAUCAAUUUUAAUAGCAAAUACCAAACAUAUUUGGCCAAUUUUUGUCAAUAAAUUUUCUUUGACCGACGAGAAAAAAAUCGAUAAAAAUCCAUUGGACAAAUACACCAAGCAAUCUGUAGAAAUGGCGAUAAACGAAACAUUGUCUAGUUUUUCUCACAAUUCCGAUGUCGAAAUUAACGACAAACAUACAGCAGUCGAUUACGAUGUCAGGUACACUUUUGAAUUGGAACCUAAAAAAUUCGUAGCAUUUCAACAGUUAUGUCAAGAUUCAGGAUUCGCCUAUUAUAACAGAGUUUGUUUUUUAAAUGUUCACAAAGAGAUUGGCCCUUGGUUUGGUUUAAGGGCUGUUGUUACAUUUAAUAUUGAUGGACCUCCAAAUAUACCCGAAUUAUUUCCUGAAUUAAAAAAUCCUUAUCCUGAAGGUGAUGAGCUUUUAAAGAAUAAAUUAGCGGAAAUUUUUGGGUCACAAAAUCAUAGUUAUCAUUGUCGGAAACCUAUAACCAGCACCACUGUUUCUGCUACUGCUACCACGACAACAACCACCAAACAAGAUAUUCAAAAAGAAUGGCACAAGUGGGUGGAAUUAAGAGACAUGGCCAGUGAGUUUAUGAGUGAAGAAACUCUUCAAAAAUACAGAUACUCGCAAGAUCAAAUGGAUUAUCAUUACACGAAUAAUAUUGAAAUCAUCUUUUCAAAGAAAAAAAAAUCAUCAAGUAGUCCAAAGAUAGAUAUCUAG